AUGAAUAAGUACUGCACGUUAAAAGAACAAAAGAAAUAUAAUCAUUUGAUAGAAUGUGAUAAAUUAUAUGAUAUUAUAAAAAAUAAAGAAGAAUGUCUGCUUUUUGAUACUAGCUAUUAUAAUAUACAUAAUAUAAAUAAUGAAGAUAUAUUUGAUGAUUAUGAUAAUGUUGAAAGUAUAGAAGGGAGUAUUCCAAUGAAUUCAAUAAUUAGUCAUAAUGAAAACUCGAAUUUUUCUUUUUUUUUUCCAACUAAAAAUGAAUUUUUUUUAUAUUUAAAAAAUAUUCUUAUUAAAAAUAAAAGAAAUAUCACAAUGUUGUUAGAAAAUAUUCCAAUUAUUCUUUAUGAAAAAGAUGAUAUUUUCUAUUCUCCAAGAAUAUGGUUCAUUUUUAAAAUGUAUGGAUUUAAGAAUGUACAAAUAUUAAAUGGAGGUUUAAAUAAAUGGAUACAUGAAGAAAAAGAAAUCAUACAUGUUAAUAAUGAAAAAAAAAUUAUAGAAAACAAUAUAAACAAACAAACAAUAGAGCAAAACGAAUAUUAUAUAUCUCAUAUAAAUAAUCUUUUAGAAAAGCAUUUCAAAAAAAAUGAAAAUUAUAUAAAUAAAAAUAUUAUGAACAGUAUAUAUUAUUAUAAGGAUAUACAAAAUUUAAUAAAAUUAAAAGAACAAAAACAAAUGCAAAAUUAUUUAUUAGUUGAUACCAGACCAAAUAAAAGUUUUUCUACAUUAAUAUCUAUUAAUGAUAAUAUAAAAGUGAAUAAUUUCAUACCCUUUUCGAUCAAUCUACCAUAUAAUCAUUUUUUAAAUUAUCACUAUGAAAAUUAUAAAUAUGUAACAUUUAAAAAUAUGAAUGAUAUCAAAAUCUUAUUGGAAAAAUAUGAUCUCCUUAAUGAUCAAAAAAUUAUUAUAUCUACUUGUAAUAAAGGUAUUAGUGCUUGUCUUAUAUUAUUUCUUUUAAAUCUUUUUAAUAAACCUUUUUCUAAAUUGAUACUGUAUCCUGGAAGUUUAGUAGAAUAUAAUUUUUAUAAAUAUGAAAGGAAUUAA